AUGCAGAGAUCGAUUUCGAGUAUAAUUUCAUCCAAGGCGGAGAGAAUUGUUCGCCGGAAUCUUCAGGGGAAAGGUAAUCCUAGAACCGCCGCUCCUUCUUCCUUUAAUAUUAUUUUCUCCGGACGACGAGCUUUCGCUAGUAGAAGUGGUGAUUAUAGAGAGAAAUUGAGUAGAAAUGCGCUGAGUGAUAUCAAGGUAGAUGAUGCUAUUGGUCUAUUCAGUGAGAUGGUACACUCUCGUCCACGCCCUUCCAUUGUUGAUUUCAAUAGAUUGUUGAGUGCCAUUGCAAAGAUGAACAAGUUUGAUCUUGUCAUCUCCUUGGGGGAGAAGAUGCAGAAUCUGGGAAUAAACAAGUUUGAUCUCUAUACCUACAGUAUUCUCAUAAACUGUUUCUGCCGGCGGUCUCAGCUCUCUCUUGCUUUAGCUAUUUUGGGGAAGAUGAUGAAACUCGGCUAUGAGCCUAGCAUUGUUACACUUUCUUCACUUGUCAAUGGUCUCUGUCACAGUAAGAGGAUUUCAGAGGCAGUAGCUUUGGUUGAUCAGAUGGUGGAAAUGGGAUAUCAACCCAAUACGGUGACAUUUACAACUCUGAUUCAUGGGCUUUUUCUCCACAACAAAACAUCCGAAGCUGUGGAUUUAGUUGAACGAAUGGCUGAGAAAGGCUGUCAACCGGACCUAGUUACUUACGGUGUGGUGGUAAACGGAAUCUGUAAGAGAGGUGAUACUGAUUUGGCUUUAAGUUUGCUCAAGAAGAUGGAGACUGCGAAAAUAGAGGCUGAUGUUGUAAUCUACAACACGAUCAUCGAUUCUCUUUGCAAAUACAAACAUGUGAGUGAUGCACUCGACCUAUUCACUGAAAUGGAAACCAAAGGAAUCAAACCGGAUGUUGUUACCUGCAACUCCCUUAUAAGCUGCCUUUGUAAUUACGGAAGAUGGGAAGAUGCUGCUGGACUACUAAGCAAUAUGAUUGAGAGAAAAAUUUCUCCCAAUGUAGUUACAUUCAAUGCAUUGAUUGAUGCCUUUGCAAAAGAGGGGAAGCUUUUAGAGGCUGAGAAAUUGUAUGAGGAGAUGAUCAAAAGGUCCAUAGAUCCUGAUGUUAUCACUUUCAGUUCAUUGAUCAAUGGGUUUUGUAUGCAUGAUCGCCUAGACAAGGCUGAGCAUAUGUUUGAGUUCAUGGCUAGCAAGGAUUGCCUCCCAGGUGUAGUGACAUAUAAUACUCUUAUAAAGGGAUUUUGCAAGUGUAAAAGGGUAAAGGAUGGUAUGCAACUCUUCCACGGGAUGUCUCAAAGGGGAUUGGUUGCCAACACAGUCACUUACAACACACUUAUCCAAGGGUUUUUUCAAGCUGAUGAUUGUGAUAAUGCCCAAAUGGUAUUCCAACAGAUGGGUUCUGAUGGUGUGCCUCCCAAUAUCAUGACAUACACCAUUUUGCUAGGUGGACUUUGUGAUCAUGGGAUGGUAGAGAAAGCAUUGGUGGUAUUCGAGUAUAUGAAAAAGAAUGGAAUAGAACUUCAUAUCAUCACAUACAAUAUUAUGAUUGAUGGGAUGUGCAAGGCUGGUAAGGUGGGAGAAGCGUGGGAUUUAUUUUGCAGCCUUAGCCUUAAAGGAUUGAAGCCUGAUGUUGUAAGCUACACUACAAUGAUCUCAGGGUUCUGUGGGAAACGGUUACUGCACAAAGGGGAUGCCUUGUUCAGAAAAAUGAAAGAAGAUGGGAUUCUCCCAAAUGACUGUACCUAUAAUACGCUGAUCAGGGCACAUCUUAGGAAUGGUGACAAAGCCGCAUCAGCAGAACUCAUCAAAGAAAUGAGGAGUUGCGGGUUUGUUGGAGAUGCUUCAACCUUUGGCUUGGUGACUAAUAUGUUACAUGAUGGGAGAUUGGACAAAAGCUUCCUUGAUAUGCUUUCUUAA